AUGGAAGAUAAGUUGUCUGCUUUUCAGAAAACUAGUACUUGGAAGUUGGUUCAUUUGCCUGCUGGUAAGAAUCUGACUGUUGUUUCUGAGCUUGGAUUUCAUCUUUCUACUCAGGACUCUGCUUUGUUUCUCCUCCACACCUCUGCUAGUUUUGUUAUCUUAUUACUGUAUAUGGAUGAUAUGAUUAUUACUGGCUCUGAUUCUUCUACUAUCUCUGAGGCCAAGUAUGCUAAUGAAGUUAUUCACCAUGCUGGUCUUAUUGACACCAAGAUUGCUGAUACCCCCAUUGAGCUUAAUGUGAAACUUAACACUACUGAUAGUGUUCCUCUACCUGAUCCUACUUUAUAUCUAGAGUUCAUGGGUUGCUUAAUCUACCUGACGGUUACUCGCCUUAAUCUUGCCUAUGAUGUUCACGUGGUUAGUCAGUUCAUUUUUGCUCCUUAUUCUACACAUUGGGCUGCUUUGGUUCGAAUUCUUCACUAUCUCCGGGGUGCUAUAUUUCAAGGUUUACUAUUGUCCUUUACUUCUUCCUUGGCUUUAGUAGCCUAUGUUGAUGCUGAUUGGGCUGGUAAUGUUACAGAUCGUAAGUCCACUUCUGGUUUCUGGGCAAUUCCUUGA